AUGUGGGACGACCACACAGACCAUUGGAAGGACAGGUCCAUCAUCACGAUUCAAGGGCACCCAAUUGCCAUCAAGCACUGGCCCUUGCUCUAUCAAUAUUGCCACAACAGCCAGUGGAAGGGCACAAAGAACAAAUGGUCCAAAUGGCAGGCUGUUGUCAUGCGCUAUCGGCAAGGCAGUCCGCAGGAGUUUUGGACAGAGUUCAGUAGCAUGAAGGGUGAGCAAUUGAAGUUCACGGCCAUUGUAGACAAACUUCGCGGCGAGUGCAUGGCAGCUGACGCUGCUCUCACACAGCGUGCACAUGAGGAAUUCCAUGCUGAGUUCAGUGAUUUGUUGACUUACCAUCGUGGAGGAGAGCAGCAUGUCACGAGCAAACCUUCAGCAAUUGUGAAAAGGUACAGGGCACUUGCUGCUAGUAGGUAG